AUGGACAAGAAUCUGUUGCGUCGAGAGCAACGCACAACCAGCACGGCGGGCCGCGGCAUAACGCGCCAAAAUUGCGCCAAACACAAACAAUCUGGCGGUGGUCAGACAACCAUCCAUGGCCGUCGGCCACCGACGGGAGGAUCUGGCAAUCCUCCGCACCCGGCACCACCGGUACAACCGCAUCCGAUCCUCGCGCCCAGCCCGCUGUUUGCCUUACCGACGCUUAACUUUACCGCGUCGCAAGUUGCGACCGUCUGCGAAACGCUGGAAGAGUCUGGCGACAUCGAGCGGCUGGCCCGGUUCCUAUGGAGCCUGCCGGUGGCACACCCGAACGUGACGGAGCUCGAUCGCUCCGAGGCGGUGCUGCGUGCGCGUGCUAUCGUCGCCUACCACACCGGACAUUUUCGAGAGCUUUACUCGAUACUGGAACGACACAAGUUCACGAAAACGUCCCAUGGCAAACUACAGGCCAUGUGGUUAGAGGCGCAUUAUCACGAGGCAGAAAAGCUGCGGGGACGACCGUUGGGACCAGUCGAUAAGUAUCGCGUCCGGAAGAAAUUUCCGCUUCCACGUACGAUCUGGGACGGUGAGCAGAAGACGCACUGCUUCAAGGAGCGAACGCGCAGUUUGCUUCGCGAAUGGUACCUCCAGGAUCCGUAUCCGAACCCGACGAAGAAGCGCGAGCUGGCCCAGGCAACUGGCCUCACUCCGACGCAGGUGGGAAAUUGGUUUAAAAACCGACGUCAACGAGACCGUGCGGCAGCAGCGAAAAACAGGUAAGUCGCGAGUGCGAUU